AUGGCUGUCACCACUUUCUCAUCCCGAGCCCUCGCGAUCAUCAUGCUGGUCCUCAGCGUCGCGUCUGCCGUCCAGGGGCUGGGGAUCAACUGCCGAGGCAGCGGCAUGUGCACGCCCUUCAUCAACGGCGGCGCGACGGGCAACGAGGCCAAGGUGCUGUCGGACUGGAUCCAGGGCAUCGAGGCCGAGGGGUACAAGCCGCCCCAGAUCCAGGCCAACCGCAUCUACAAGACGGGCGAGCAGAUCGCGUGCUACGAGCGCUCGCACAUCUGCGCCUUCCUGCAGAACACGGGCGACAAGGGCGGCUCCGGCGCCGACGUCCGCCGGCUCGCCCCGCUGAUCCCCAAGCACGGCUGCAAGAUCUGCGGCAGCGUGCCGACCCACUACCCCGACUCCAACAACGUCAAGGACGGCCAGCUGACCUUCAACUACGUCACCAAGAUCUGCGGGAACGGGAUCUGCUAG